AUACAUCUAAUUCUCAUCCACUUGGCUUUUACAAAUAUCAUAAUACUUUUUUCCAAGGUAACACUAAAAACAAUAGAAACGUCCGGUUUGAGACACUUCCCGGACGAUACAGGCUGUAAAAUGUUUGCGUACCUCGAGAGGCUGGCCCGGGGCCUCUCGAUCUGCACCAGCAGCUUCCUCACUGUGGUCCAGGCCACCACCAUCAGCCCCAGAGCCUCCGUGUGCGCCAGCUUCAAGCCAGCAUCCACAUGGCAUAUCCUUCCCUUUUUCCUCUUCUUUUGGAUACUCAAUUCCUUGCUCAGCAUGAACUUACUCUAUUACAUGAAAAACAUCAACAGCCUAAACGGGUCACAAAUUGGUGAAAGUGAAGGCCACUGUGUUUUUCUACCAGCAAGCCAGACAACGAGGUGGGUUUUUCUCAUUCUCAUGGCCCUGCGAGAUUUCCUGUUUCUGGGUCUCAUGGGCUGGGCCAGUGUCUCCACGGUAUGCGUUCUCCAUAAGCAGCACAAGCAUGCCGGCUACCUGCAGAAACCCAAGGUUCUCUACCACAAACGCCCUGAGAUAAGAGCCGCUCACAGUGUUCUCCUGCUGAUGCUUUGUUUUCUUUUCUCUUAUUGGACAGAUUGUAUUAUUUUGUUAAGCUUAAAUUCCUCCUUAGAGAAUAAUUCUUUCAUAUUAAUUGUUCGAGAGUUUCUAAUUCUUGGUUAUGCAAUUCUCAGCCCAUUCGUGCUGAUUCACAGAGAUAGACAUGUGGCUGAAUGUUUGGCACACUCAGUAAAACUGAAAAAAUGUCUGUUCUGUCAUUGA